UAGAGCCGAAGCAUCAUGACAGGCUCGAAAUGAGCGACAUAGCAUUCUAGAUAUCGAUCACUCACGGUGAUGUCUGGGUUUACUAGAGCGCCCGCAGUGGGCGCAUCGCGGCAAGAUGUACUAGCACCGCUGCGGGCGACGCAGAUGGCUACAUCGAAGCCAGUGCUGCCAGCAGAACUCAUUGCCACGAUCUUGGAUUACCUACCCGUCCCCGACAUGUUACGCUUUGCCCGCGCCUCGAAACGCAUGCAGGAGAUGGUAUACGAUGACACCAGGUGGAUACAACGGCUGAAGAGCAUGGGGUGUUGGAAUGAUGUCGAAGCGAGACAACGGUUCGAGGACGCCAUGAAGCGGAAGCUGGAAGCACAGCGCGCCAAAGAAGCGGAAGAAGCAAGGAGGACUGGGGCCAUGCUGAAUGGCAGCAUCAACGGGAUUGCCGGGGGUGGCGCCGGCCAGACCCUCUUCGAUGCUGGAAUAGAAGAAGAGAGGCAACGGGCUUUGCCGGACAGUUUGACGCGCUCGCGAAAGUCGACGAUCGAGAGCGGAUUCAGCCCUGUGGGCCAUGAGACUGCGCAGAUGAUAUACCGGGAUCCUGAAUACGCGCUGGUCGCUUUGAAGAAGAUUCGCUCAGUUAGAGGCUUUGCGCGCCAGGAAUACGGUAGAGUGUAUGGAGCUCUCGCGCCUUACUACUUCGACCUGGCCAAAUCCAAGAGUCACAUGGAUCCUAUCUUGUUCCGGGUAUACCGCGACCCUGAGCAACAAGCACAGAUGCUAGCGCAGCUGAAAACAUUUGCCAAUAGCGAUUAUUCGCAAGGGUGUCUUGGUAGAGAGGAGAGGCUUGACACUAUGAUGGGAGUCUUUGAAAAUGCGGUUCUCCGUGAAUUCGAGCAGGGUUAUGAACUCCAAGAUAUCGAUGGACGCAUGAGAAAGUAUGCGCAUGUCUUGGUCACUCUCAACGGUGGUGCCUCUGGUAUCGAUACUUUUAUCCACAACCAUCCCUUGAUGAUUGACAAGGAGAAACUGGGGGACCCUUUGGACUGCCUGGAAGGCCCAUCUAAUGAAGUCUCACUCAGGCCAUCUCAAACUUUCUUCGAAAAGCUCGCCGUCGUGCUCAAUGAACAAGCAUCCAUCAUUGACCGUGUCUUUCCACCUUCCAUCAACGUCAUGGUCCCUUUCCUUGACAGAGUUGGCGAAGAUGUCAUAUCGGAAUACAUGACGGCUCUGCUCGAUGAAGCUCAUGAAAGAGACAUUGAGUGUUAUCUCAAGGCUGUUGCUGGGCUGUUCGAACAGGCCCUUCGUUUCGAAGCAUCUUUACAACCUACCAAAGUGUCUGAACCAACAUUUAAAGAGGACGCUCAUAAAGUCAUAGCCCGGUGUUUCGAGCAACACAUCGAUUUAUAUCUGCAGGAUGAACUCGACUUCUUCCGGAGAAAGGCAGACUCAGAGGUGGAUGCGUGGGAAAAGCGACUUUUGGAUGAGGAGGCAUCAACCGAAUCCUUCUUCAUGUCCAACGUCAAUCGGCAAGCAGUGAAGAGGGAUUUCCUUACAUCCUUCAAGAAAGUCGUCAUGAUGCCAGUAAACGUCAUGCCAUUCUCUACUAGCAAGCCGGCCGAAAAGCCAAGUGUCAACGGAGAUGGCGCCGAGGUUCAAUCUCGAUCCUCAACGCCAAACCUUACGGAGCGCUCAAGUACUCCGCGGCCAGAAGCACCUACUUCGGAGUUGGCUGCGAAAGCAGCUAUUAUGAAUUCUCGUCUUGAGGGCAUCAAGUCGUUGUUCAGUAUCGAAGUGGCAUUGGAUUUGGUCCACACAGCCAAGGCAAGCCUGGAGCGAGUGGCGCUUCUAGUACGGAUUGGCGGCCAGUCGGGAGAAGAGUCGCGGGAGCAAUGCGAAGCAAUCUUCGUAGCGCUCUUACAAAUCCUGGGAAGCCGACACAUCAAAGUAGGAUUCGACAAAGCCAUCGAGCACCUGUCCAAGUACAAUCCACGAGAGGUCCAGGAACACAGCCAACCAGGCGUGGAACCGCUCGUCACAUUUCUGGAACUGGUCAACGUAGGUGAUCUGAUCCAGCAGAUGAUAGAUGUGUUCUACGGCCAGGAGCUGGUAGCAGCGAGGCUGGCAGACCGAGAUGAUUUUCUGAGUCCUGCCAUCAAAGAGAAGAAACGGUUCGAGCAGAUGCUGGAUGAGAGAGUGGCGGCCGGAUUGAACAAAGGAAUAGACGUGCUGAUGGAUGAAGUGGAGUACAUAUGCGCGACGACGCAGUUGCCCACUGACUUCAACCCAGGUGCAGUCGGGGAUGCAGCUCCGGAGGUGAGCGAUGUCGGACCUUCGACGACGGCGCAGCGGGUCACGCAGCUUGUGUCUUCACACAUUAGCAUGCUCGUUGGGAGCACCGACAAGAACAUGCUGGACGUCUUCAACCAAGAGGUCGGGCUGCGGUUGUUCACGGCGUUGUGCAAACAUGUCAAGCGCCAGCGCAUCAGCGUCGACGGGGCAAUCAAGUUGAUCAGUGACACGAACGCGUACUAUUCAUACAUAGCGACGCUGAAGAACAAGUCGCUGACGCAGUACUUCAAGGCGCUGCGGGAGCUGUCGCAGAUCUACCUGAUCUCGGCGGAUCACGCCAAGGAGAUCGCGACGGUCAUCGCGGACGGCGAUCGCUACUCGGGCAUCUUCCGGACAGAGGAGGUGUACGAGUUUGCGGAGCGGCGGGCAGACUGGUUUGUGGUGAAGAACCAGGUGGAGCGGGCCAUGUACGGGAUUGGAUGCUGCAUGAUGUGAAUACAGCCAUAGUUAGAUAUAUACCCAAGCAUGCCAUGCGCGAUGCGGGCUGCCGCUUAGUCAGUCGGUUCGGC